AUGGCUACGAUAAACAGCAAUUUCACUUUGGCAUCAGCUCAAUAUCCAAGCAGCUGUGCUGAGGCAACAGCCUUGAGUCGUCGCAGCGGUGUUUAUCUGUUGCAGUUGCCCGGCUACAGUGUAGCUCCAUUUAUUGCAAGUUGUGAUGAGCAUACUCAGGGCGGUGGCUGGACCGUUGUGUUGCGACGUCAGGAUGGCAGCGUGGACUUCUACUUGUAUUGGCAGGACUUUAAACAUGGUAUUGGCAAUGCGCAUGGCGAAUUCUUUAUAGGUUUGGACAAGCUCCACGCCUUAACUAAUAAUGGAGACCAGGAGUUGCUCGUUAUUAUGGAGAAUAGCGAAGGAGUGCAUAAAUACGCAAAAUAUGAUUAUUUUGCCAUUGGUGAUGAAAUGAGUAACUAUAAGCUGACGACUUUGGGUAUGUACUCCGGCGAUGCUGGAGACUCCUUAAGACGUCACGAAGGAAUGUCUUUUUCUACACGUGAUCGAGAUGUUGAUGCUCUUCCUGGCGACAAUUGUGCUGUAGCUUACACGGGCGGCUGGUGGUACGAAAAAUGUCAUAAUAGGCAAGUUUACUAUUAA